AUGGUGAUCCCAUCCAGUGGCUACGCUCUCUCAGUCAACGUCCUCGGCUUUGCUUCAGGCAUUGGCAGGUACUACAGGAGCAGUGACGACAGUGACAGUGACAGCGGGGACAGCAAUGACAGUGACGGCGGGUAUGGCAACGGCAAUGGCGGGAAUGGCAACGGCAAUGGCGGGAAUGGCAACGGAAACGGUGGAGACAGUGAUGACAGCGGCGAUAGCAACAGCGCUGGAGAUGACAGCGGCGAUAGCAACAGUGCUGGAGAUGACAGCGACGGGGAUGACAGCGACGGGGAUGACAGCGACGGGGAUGACAGUGACGGGGAUGACAGUGACGGGGAUGACAGUGACGGAGAAGAUGAUAGCAGCGAUGACGAUAGUGAGGAAGAUGGCGCCAACAAUGGUGAGUCCCAGCGCAGCUCCGAUGACAACGGAAAUGGAGCUGACAGUAGUGACAGCAGCAACAGUAGUGACAGCAGCGAUAGCAGCGAUAGUAGUGAUAGCAGCGACAGUAGUGAUAGCAGCGACAGUAGUGAUAGCAGCGAUAGUAGUGACAGCAGCGAUAGUAGUGACAGCAGCGAUAGUAGUGACAGUAGUGACAGUAGUGAUAGCAGCGAUAGUAGUGAUAGCAGCGAUAGUAGUGACAGCAGUGAUAGUAGUGACAGCAGUGACAGUAGUGACAGCAGUGACAGCAGUGAUAGCAGUGACAGCAGCGACAGUAGUGAUAGUAGUGACAGCAGCGACAGUAGUGACAGCAGCGAUAGUAGUGACAGCAGCGAUAGUAGUGACAGCAGCGAUAGUAGUGACAGCAGCGAUAGUAGUGAUAGCAGUGACAGCAGUGAUAGUAGUGACAGCAGCGAUAGCAGUGACAGCAGUGACAGCAGUGACAGCAGUGAUAGUAGUGACAGUAGUGACAGCAGCGACAGUAGUGAUAGCAGCGACAGCAGCGAUAGCAGCGACAGCAGUGACAGCAGCGAUAGCAGUGACAGCAGUGACAGCAGCGAUAGCAGUGACAGCAGCGAUAGCAGGGACAGCAGUGACAGCAGCGAUAGUAGUGACAGCAGCGAUAGUAGUGACAGCAGCGACAGCAGUGACAGCAGCGACAGUAGUGACAGCAGCGACAGUAGUGACAGCAGCGACAGUAGUGACAGCAGCGACAGCAGCGACAGCAGUGACAGCAGCGACAGUAGUGACAGCAGCGACAGUAGUGACAGCAGCGACAGUAGUGACAGCAGCGACAGCAGUGACAGCAGCGACAGCAGUGACAGCAGCGACAGCAGUGACAGCAGCGACAGCAGUGACAGCAGCGACAGCAGUGACAGCAGCGACAGCAGUGACAGCAGCGACAGUAGUGACAGCAGCGACAGUAGUGACAGCAGCGACAGUAGUGACAGCAGCGACAGUAGUGACAGCAGCGACAGUAGUGACAGCAGCGACAGUAGUGACAGCAGCGACAGUAGUGACAGCAGCGACAGUAGUGACAGCAGCGACAGCGGUGACAGCAGUGAUUCCAACAGUGGCAGUAAUGGCAGUAGUGACUCCGACAGUAGUGACAGCAGCGACUCCGACAGUAGUGAUUAAGGUCAAACAACUAGCUCAGCUCAGAAAGAC